GAAAUCUUUACUGGGUCAUGGUUUUCCAGGCAUUCCAGGAUCAAAUGGCAUGCCUGGAAUGUCAGGCGUGCCAGGGCCGCAAGGACCCAGGGAAGAGAAGGCGAUAAGGGACAAAUUGGUGAUAAGGGAUCGCAAGGAAUGCCGGGUCCAAGAGGAGACAAAGGUCACGAAGGGUAUCCCGGGAAGAGUGGAACGCCAGGAAUUAAGGGAACAAAAGGUGAACCGGGGGUUGUGGGGAUGAAAGGAGAGCGAGUAGGCUCUUGCCGAUUGUGCUAGCAUAAUUUUUGGCAUAAUCUGAGGAAUUGAGCAUAAUUUUUGCCCUUUUUUCCAAAAGUAGCACUGCUAGCAUAAUCCGUAUAUUUUCUUGUCUUAAUAGCACGAUUUUAGAAUAAUUCAAGAAAACGAAGAUCUCAGCUACUAAAAACGAUAGAUUACUAUUAACAGUUACUUCCACUCCUAUUUUUCGAUUUUUUUUUUACUUGUGUUGAGAUGCCGCGGGAGUUCGAUGAAACGGAACCGGAAGUCUGUGUCUCGGUCCCAGACUCCUUAGUCUUUCUCCCAGUGCUCGUUUCAAAAUGGCGGCCGCCAGAUUAUUCAAUGUUAAAUUUGUUAUCCAGGGCUUUGUCAGAAACUGCAUGGUUAAGUUUUCACUGUAUUUGUUUUUAUUUGUUUUGAAACCCAGCGCGCACAGUUCUUUGUUGCUAGCGCGCGCACAGUUCGUUGUUUACUCGAAAUUUGCAUACUUUACCAUGGUAACUGGAUGCCAUUUGAGUGCAAAACCUUGCGCAAACUGUGUCACGCUCUGCUACACGCGAUGGUUAGCAACUAGCAAGCUAUCCGCGGAUAGUUAUCCACCACACUAUCCAGGCUUUGUGCAACCUACUUUUGUUCGCUGGAUAACUAUCCGCUGGAUAGCAGAUUUAUUCGCCGUAUAGGCCCAACCACCGGAUAAAGUUACCCAGGUUUUGAACAACCGGGCCCAGAACGUCUGGCCAGGGUUAAUAAAAUACAUUUUCAAACUUGUCUUGUGAGUUGUGAAGUUUGUGCACAGAAUAAUUUUUUAAAAAAGUAGCAUAAUUUUGAAAAGCGAGCAUAAUUUGAGCAUAAUUUGGGCAAAAAACGAGCACUGCCACUAGCAUAAUAUGCCACUUUUACUAGCACAAUCGGCAAAUGCCUAAGAGCGAGGCAUUGUGGGAAAUCAAGGGAGAAAAGGGGACAAAGGAGAGAAAGGAGAAAGCGCCAAAGCAAGUCAAGCAAGUGUAGUACCACAAACCAACUGGAAACAAUGUGUAUGGAAAGCAGUCAGCGGCACUGGAAACGGAAAGAUUAAGGUAAACAAGGAACCGGCUUUAUGCGGACCGCCAUGAGUAUAGUGUUUGAUCUCAAUCGGUGUUAAAACGUUGGAAGUUUAAGCUUUUGCUGGGAUUGAAUUAAGAACCAAUUUAAUAGCAAUGCGGCUAUCAAUCUCGUCAUCGUCUCAGCUUUUAUUUCCCUUUUCAGCUUCUAUUAAUUAAUUACCUACGUUAUUUAGCAUUAAAAGAGUCGUAGCCUAAAUAAAUCACUGUUCGUGUUUGUUUUUGUAUUUUUUCCCUAGAACUGUACUUUUAACAAGCUGAUGUCGAAUACAGCCCUUAAAGCCUCAUUCCAGGGCAUCAUGAGGGUAAUAGGGGAUAAUAAGUGUAAUCGAUGGUAUUUCAAGUUUAACGGAAACGAAUGCAGCGGACCAAUGACGAUUGAGGCUAUUGUUUACAACAACUGGCAUUAUGGGAACCCUGAACUGCUGCAUCAUCGGUCAUUUGAGGGAUACUGUGAAAACAUACCACAAGGGACGGUAAGAGUGGAAUUGUGGGUAGGAGAGUGUCAUGGCCAAACCUUGGGUAAUGCUGAAACUGGAUGGAAUUCAGUGUCCCGGAUAAUGAUUGAAGAAGUAUCUAGGCCCCAGUCCUAA